GGAUUCCAGGGGAGUUGGGGCUGCCUGGAAGACCAGGACCCCCUGGAGAUGUUGGGGAGAUGGGGAUGCACGGCCGCCAAGGACUGCCUGGGGUAUCAAUACCUGGUACCAAUGGUGAGCCUGGCCCAAUGGGGAUCACUGGCACCAAGGGGUUUAAAGGAGAGACAGGGAUAUACUACCAGAACGGGCCUACACCUGGAGAGCCUGGUAAACCGGGCACAGCAGGCCUCAAUGGUCUGAAAGGAGAGCGCGGCCCCCCAGGUUGUGGAGGUACGUACUGCACCCCUGGUUCACCAGGAGAGCCUGGAGCAGAUGGAGAUCAAGGUCCUCCUGGAUCUGCAGGGUUCCCUGGUAGCAGAGGAAGUGAUGGUGAUUGUGAUUGUGAGCUUCUCCCGCCUUCAAAGGGAGACCCUGGCAUCGUGGGGAUUCCGGGAUUGCCAGGGUUACCAGGACUUUGUGGGGCACCAGGCCUGAGGGGCGACAUUGGUUUUCCCGGAGACAUAGGAAGAAGUGGUGCAGACGGCUUCCCAGGAUUUGCAGGUGUCCGGGGUCCAAAAGGUCAGAAAGGUGACAUCUAUCUAUGCAUUAAAGGUGUGAAGGGAGACAUUGGCCUCCCAGGGCCGGCUGGUCGUCCAGGCUUCACUGGGAGGAGAGGAGACGAAGGGAAGCCAGGUGCGCCUGGUGACGCCGGCCCAGAGGGUGACAGUUACUCAGGAUUCCCCGGUGAGAGAGGGUAUCCAGGUCCUGACGGGCCAAAGGGGCUUGCUGGACCCGUCGGCCCCCCAGGACCUGAUGUGAUUGGGGCAGUGGGGGAACGGGGACUCCCAGGCGACCAGGGACCUCCAGGAUACAGGGGAUCUCCUGGGCUCAAAGGAGUCAUGGGUGACACCCUACCCUGCAUACCCAGUAACCCUGGUGCCCCAGGACAGAAAGGCGAUUCCGGAUGCCCAGGGCUGAACGGAGAGUCAGGAUCCCCAGGGUAUCUUGGAGCUUUGGGCCCGGACGGGGUGAAGGGAGAGAAAGGAGACUUUGGGCUGUCUGGCCCACCUGGACCCAUAGGCUCAGUGGGGUGUGUUGGAGACUCUGGAGAGGCUGGUGCUGAGGGUCUGAGCUACGACGGCGCUGCCGGCUCUCCUGGCUUCCGAGGGUCUCCAGGACUGAAGGGCCCAUUUGGGGACUCUGUCCCUGGUGCUCCAGGACCUAUGGGCCUCAAGGGUGUAGUGGGGCUGUCGGGGUCCAAAGGAGUGCCAGGUCCACCCGGUCCAAUCGGAUUAACAGGUGCUGCGGGGCUUCCUGGUACACCGGGAAGGAAGGGGGAGCAGGGAGAGAGUGGUGCCACAGGCAAAUAUGGGGCCCCAGGGCUCACCCCUGAACAGUGUGAAAAGGGGCCCCCAGGCCUUCAAGGAUCCAUGGGACUAAUAGGGGACAUAGGCCCUCCAGGUUACGCAGGCGAGAAGGGUGAUAACGGAGAGGAGGGUCUGUCCGGCACGGGUCCUAAAGGAGCUGCAGGGAAACCGGGCUCUCCAGGGUUUCCUGGGUACCGUGGAGCCCAGGGCCCCGUGGGGACAUUAGGGGACCCUGGCAUACCCGGGGCCCAAGGGCAGAAAGGUAUAAUAGGGGUACCUGGUAGGGAUGGGACAGUGGGUGGUCCAGGGAGGAGUGGAGCACUAGGACCCCUGGGAAGGAAAGGAGAGAGGGGCUUCGACGGUCAACGAGGCUUGCCAGGAGAUGAGGGCCUCAAAGGAGAAAAGGGUAGAAAAGGUGCCCCCGGAGUCGCAGGAGUCACCAACUUCAUUCCUAUCAAAGGACGAACAGGGGCUCCUGGACCCCCAGGUCUGGAUGGCUUCACUGGUCCAAGAGGUGACAAGGGUCCUGCGGGAGGCAGGGGUCAACCAGGGUACCCAGGGCUUUUGGGGGGGCCUGGCAUAGAGGCGUCUCAAGGACCACCUGGUACACCUGGACACUCAGGUGAACCUGGACUACCUGGCCUGCCUGGCCAGAGGGGUAUCAUAGGUUUCCCUGGAGAGAUUGGUGAUCAGGGUGAAUCUGGGUGUACUGGAUCUCCUGGCACACCUGGCUUCCCAGGGUACAGUGGUCUUAAAGGUGAACAGGGCGACUCCAUUGGCAUCCCUGGACCGGCUGGUGAUAGAGGAGCUACAGGAGACACUGGAGCAUUUGCCCCACCGGGUGACCAAGGUGAUGUAGGUGAACCAGGAUUUUCAGGAGCUCCAGGACCUAAAGGGUUAACUGGUCCGCAAGGAUCCAUCGGACCUCCAGGGCCUGCUGGUGUGAUCGGACCCCCAGGCCCGAGUGGUAAACCUGGGGCUGAUGGUCUCCCAGGGACCCCUGGACAAACUGGGCCCAAGGGAGAUCAAGGACCCCUUGGACUCAAAGGUCCACCUGGACCACUGGGUUUGCAUGGACUGGACGGACUGAAGGGUGUGAAGGGCGAGGUUGGGGCCAGAGGCCCAGGUGUGCCCGGUCCCUCUGGUGUUCCAGGCUGUAAAGGAGAGAAAGGUUCCAGAGGGUGUCAAGGGCCUCAGGGGCCCUCUCAGCCAGGACCUCUGGGCCCCAAGGGCCAGUCUGGACUAACAGGAAGCCCAGGAGACACAGGUGCCUCCGGUCUACCAGGCAUGGACUGUAAGGAGUCCAUGCCCGGCCACUGUGGGGAGUCAGGCUUCCCUGGACGCGACGGACCACCAGGUUCACCAGGUGACAUUGGGUACUCCGGCCCUGCCCUGCCCAUGACCGGUGAAGAAGGGGACAACGGUGUCCCCGGCUUACCAGGGCUCAAAGGGGACAUGGGGGCUUCAGGCCCCCCCGGGCUGCCUGGCAUCGCAGGGUUACCUGGGCCUAAAGGUGAGAGAGGAGCUUCGGGGAUGAUGGGGGUCCCAGGACACUCCGGUUCCACAGGAACAUGUGGGCCCACAGGACCCAAAGGAACCAAGGGACUGCAAGGAGUUGCAGGUCCAAAAGGAGAAAAUGGGAAUGUGAUCACUCCAUUGAUGAUCCCACCUCCUCCCGGACCCGUAGGCGCACCCGGUCAACCAGGCCUUCCUGGCUUCACUGGCGGCCCGGGAUCCAACGGUUUUGAGGGACAGAAAGGGAGAAGUGGCCAGUUGGGGUCACCAGGAUUCCCGGGGCCCGAUGGCCCCCCAGGAGUAGACGGAGCCCCAGGAGACAGCGGGGUACAGGGGGAGAGGGGGGCAUUGGGACUACAGGGCGCCCCAGGUCCUUCGGGAGAUGCCGGCAGCCCAGGCCCCACCACCACCUUUAACUCUGGCUUCCUGUUGGUGAUGCACAGCCAAUCAGACAUGGUCCCUUCCUGUCCAGCAGACAUGACACAACUGUGGAUUGGCUACAGUCUGCUGUACCUGGAGGGCCAAGAGAAAGCCCACACACAGGACCUCGGUCAGGCCGGGUCAUGUAUGCGUCUCUUCAGCACCAUGCCUUUCUCCUAUUGCAACAUGGGCACAUGUGACUACGCCAGCCGCAAUGACAAGUCCUACUGGCUGUCCACCACAGCGGCAGUGCCCAUGAUGCCCGUGGCGGACCAGGACAUCCAACAACACAUCAGCCGCUGCGUGGUGUGUGAGGCCCCCUCCCCUGCUGUGGCAGUUCACAGCCAGGACAACGGCAAUUCCUUCUGUCCCCCCAACUGGAGGAGUCUCUGGGUGGGAUACUCCUUCCUCAUGCACACAGGGGCCGGCGAUGAGGGUGGUGGCCAGUCUCUGACAUCAUCAGGAAGCUGCCUGAGGGACUUCCGUGCCCAGCCGUUUGUGGAAUGCCAGGGCCCGCGGGGUACGUGCCACUACUUCGCCAACAUCUACAGCUUCUGGUUGACCCGGGUGGGCGCAGAUGGACCGCUUAGCCCAACUUCACAGGGCACGCUCAAAGAGGAGUGGCAACAGCGCCUCAACGUAGGCCGGUGCAACGUGUGUAUGAAGGAGUGACCCCACCCACCUUCUGGGUCCGGCCACAUCCCACAAGCACCAGCCCCAAAAUCUCUGACCCACCACAUCCCACGAGUGCAUUGAAAAUGCACACUCAUUGGUUACCUGAGAGGCAGUAAUGAUACACCUCAUUAGUCACCAGAGAGGCUGUGACUACACUGGUUGUUUACCUGAAAGUCUGUGAAUAGUAUUUACAUUGACACAUGCUCUCUCUUAACUUGUUUUAUGCAAGUUCAUACCAAUGAACAUGCAGUACUUGAUCAACUAUCCUUUGAAUUAUCUUUUUAGAUUAGUAACUUUUUUUCUCCUGAAAUCUGUAACUUGGCUGAAAGCUCUUAAUUUGUGUAUUAUGUUUCCAGGUUUGAGUACCUGAUAUUACGUGGCAGAUUAUCUUUUGCUCGAGACUCCCAAGUCAACAACAAACAAACAGUGGCUUCAAGCAUCAAUGUGGCUCAUCAGACACUCCGAUUCAGAAAACUUGAAUGUCCUCAAUUAGGCAAUUAAUUUUGCAGCAAUCACAUACAGACAUUGCAAUUGUUACUAUGUUUUUACGUACAACAGUGGUCCUCACACUCUUGGAAGCUGGGACCCUCCCAAAGCCUAUGACGUUUUCUUGUCAUCCACCAAAGCCACAGUUGUGUUUAUUAGGUCGCGCAACAGAAAACGUUUUAAAGUAGAA